AGGCGGUGCGACGCAGCGGUCGGAGCGAGUCGCUUUACAUUUACCAUAAUUUACGUCUUCGGGGGAUCGUCACGCUGCAUUGAGGUUAAAGUGAAGCAAUAUCAGCUGUUCUCUUUUUCCGGGUGCAAAAUGGCUUUGAAAAUGGCUGUUCUAACAGGACUCGGCGCAGCUGCCAGUGUCACCGCUGUCCCCCUCGUGCUGGGGGCUGUUGGCUUCACUGCCGCCGGUGUGGCCGCAGGGUCCUAUGCAGCGGGGAUGAUGUCAGCGACCGCCGUGGCCAACGGGGGUGCGGUUGCUGCAGGGAGCGCGGUCGCUGUUCUCCAGAGCAUUGGUGCAGCCGGGUUGUCUGGGACUGCGUCUGCAGCUGUAGCCAGUCUUGGGGGAACAGCAGGCGCCCUGUUGGGCCUCAUCCUCUGAGGACAUCCAGCAAGUGUGGCAUUUGAUGGGCAAAGCGCCGGGCAAUUUUCUCCAGCAUUUCUGGAAUCUUCUCUCUGUAAACCUAACCAAAAUGAGCACAAAUAAACCAGCAUAGCUAUA